UAUUUUAACCCUGUAUUAAAGAAUACUACAAUACUAGAACGUAAUAUAGCCAAAAUUUAUUCGAGAUUUCGAUCGCAAACAGCUGCUAAUAUUGAUUCACCCCGAUUACUUUCGUGUUUUCAAUAUCUUAAAAUUUGUGUCCUAGUUUACCUACAUCAAAAACAUCCUUCUACACAAUGAGUAGUUCAGGUGAACAAUUAACUUUAGCUCGGGACAUCAAGCGGGCUAUAGAACUUCUUGAAAAACUUCAGCAAAGUGGCGAAGUUCCUGCUACGAAACUGGCUGCCUUACAGAAGGUAUUACAGAGUGAUUUUCUAAACGCUGUUAGAGAAGUAUAUGAGCAUGUAUACGAAACCGUUGAUAUUCAAGGCUCCGCGGAUAUUAGAGCUUCAGCGACGGCGAAAGCAACGGUGGCCGCAUUUGCUGCGGCUGAAGGCCAUGCUCAUCCUCGGGUCGUCGAACUACCAAAGACGGAAGAAGGUCUAGGUUUCAAUGUAAUGGGAGGUAAGGAACAGAAUUCUCCCAUAUACAUAUCGAGGAUUAUACCAGGUGGUGUUGCAGAUCGUCAUGGAGGGUUGAAGAGAGGUGAUCAACUGCUCUCUGUAAAUGGCGUGUCAGUGGAAGGGGAAAACCAUGAGAAAGCUGUCGAACUGUUGAAGCAAGCUGUGGGAUCUGUGAAGCUAGUCGUGCGGUACACACCAAAGGUUCUUGAGGAGAUGGAAAUGAGAUUUGAUAAACAGAGGACUGCAAGGAGGCGCCAGAACUAUAAUUAGAUCUACUAUCAUGCAACUAUUCCACCCAGCUGCUAUUCCCCUGAUCAUUAAGGUCCACCCCAUUUUAUUAAGUGACACUAUUUAGUGUUAUUACACCAUUAUUUUGGUCAAAAUAGUGUUAAAUUUUGUGGAUAGAAACAUUUCAGGUCAUAAAUUGCAUGAAAUUCCUAAGCCUAUGCUAUACAAUGUUUGAUGUUCUAUAUAUGGAUCUUGGAAUCCUAUCAUUUAUUCUGCAAAAUUUCUGAUAUACUAUAAUUCUUUAUCAAAUUAUUCAUGUAAUGUUAUAAUAGAGUACAAUUAGAAAUGGGCUAUGCAUGCUUUUUACCUAAAUAAAUUAUGCUGAGGUGUUCAUGUACUUAUGUUUUUGUAUUUUUGUUUAAGUCAGUAUUAUUAGGAGAAUUAAUAUAAAGUGUUUGGAAUUUAUUAAUCAGUUUAUUAAAAUAUGUUAAAAGUGGUAUAUGGAUUUAUUAUGGAUAAUGUAUUUAAAACCAUGUAUAUUGGAAUAUUCAAUCAUAAUAAUAUACUCAUAUGGAUAUAUGUAUUAAAAAUUUUUUUUCAGUUAAGUUUAAACAGAGUGAAGGUCAAAUUUAAUAUCUUAUAAAGCAGCAAAACUACAAAAUGAAUUUAUGUUCUUUCAAAAAUUAUUAACAAAUGCUACACCGAUGGAACUAAUUCAAAAGAGUCACACACAAGCAGUGUUUGUAUAGAAUUUUAAUAAUUUAAAAAUGAAUUACACUCAGUUAGAAUUUUACUGACAAUAGUAAUAUUUUAAAUUAAUCUGACUAAUCUGAUACAUUAUCAAAAAUAGUAAUUAGUUUAAAACAUAAACAAAAAUAAUUCAUUUCACUGUAAGCACCAGAAACAACAUCCAUAGUCCGAAUAACCAUAAUGUUUUUCGUUUAAAACAGUUAAAACUUCACAUUCAAAGUCUGUAUUCUAGAAUAAAAAUAAACACGGUAGUUAAUAUGUAUUGUUAGUAAUUUAAAUGUAAAUUACAAUUUUAAUAUAUAGUCUACCAUGCAAUUUAGUAGAGAUAUAAAUGUGUGUUACAUGUUGAUCAAACUAGUGUAAGUAGCAUGAUUGGAAGUGCACAAAACUUAUGUAGAUUGAUAUUAAUGGAAAUUAAAUAUAAUAACUCUGUAUUAAAUUGUAUCACAGACUUUUACAAUACCAAGAUGAAAAUUUGUCUAUGCAGCCUCUUCUGAAAAGUCCACAUUUGCAUUUUUUUUGUUGCAGUUAAAGCAAUUGACAAUUAUUAUGUAUGUGCAAUAUAAAGAUGUGUAAUUAUUGAAAAUGACAAGGUGCAUAUUCAAGUUCGAAUCUGAAAUUUAUGCAACAAACAGCUCCAUUGCUAGAAAGCUAUUGCUGUUAUCUUUUAAGAUUAUGCAAAACACGCAUUCGUAAAUUAACAAAA